AAAACCACGCAGUAGCAUGAAUUUCUUUUGCUGGCUUUACUUUUCCAUUUUCUCAUCAUUUCAAAAAGUUCAGAUAUCUGUUUAUUUUUCCCUUAAAAUUUUCCAAUUGCGUUUAUUUUUUCCUUUUUUUUGGUCAAUUUCCUAUUUAGUAUUGAAAUGCAGACUGCGGGGGGAAUUUGAUUGAGGUUUGAAAUUUGAUUUUUGAUUAGAUAAAAUGGAAAAGGAAAAGGAAAUACGUCGAGGAGUUGGCUUUCGAAGUUACAGCCAAGGGAUAAGAAUAAGUCUUCGUCUAAGAAGAAGUCCGGCAGUGGAGGCGGCGGAGGAGGAGGAGGAGGAGGAGGAGGGGAAUCAAGGUGCCGAGUUGGACGAAGAAGCUCUCUCCAAUGUCACCAAACAAAAAGUUUCCGCUGCCAAGCAGUACAUUGAGAAUCAUUACAAGGAGCAAAUGAAGAAUCUCCAAGACAGAAAAGAGCGACGAAUGGUCCUGGAAAAGAAGUUGGCGGAUGCUGAUGUCUCUGAAGAAGAUCAAAACAACUUACUGAAGUUCUUGGAGAAAAAGGAAACUGAGUACAUGCGCCUUCAGAGGCAUAAAAUGGGUGUUGAUGACUUUGAAUUAUUAACUAUAAUUGGCAAGGGUGCGUUUGGAGAGGUUAGAAUUUGUAGGGAAAAGACAUCAGGCCAAGUAUAUGCCAUGAAGAAGCUUACGAAAUCAGAAAUGCUUCGAAGAGGCCAGGUUGAGCAUGUGAAAGCUGAAAGGAACCUGCUUGCUGAAGUUGACAGCAAUUGUAUUGUCAAGCUCUACUUUUCUUUCCAGGAUGAUGAGUUCCUUUAUCUUAUAAUGGAAUAUCUACCUGGUGGAGAUAUGAUGACGUUACUUAUGAGAAAGGAUAUAUUGACUGAUGACGAGGCUAGAUUCUAUGUUGCAGAAACAGUUUUGGCUAUCGAGUCUAUCCAUGUGCACAAUUAUAUUCAUAGGGAUAUCAAGCCUGACAACUUGCUUCUGGAUAGAUAUGGACACUUGAGAUUGUCAGAUUUUGGACUAUGUAAACCUUUGGAUUGCAGUACUCUCGAGGAACAGGAUUUUUCAGGAGGCAGCGCUAGUGAGAUUUCUGAAUCUGAAGAACGCUCAGGAGCUUCAAAACGAACACAGCAAGAGCAACUAGAGCAUUGGCAAAAGAAUCGAAGAAUGCUUGCCUUUUCUACUGUUGGAACUCCCGACUAUAUUGCUCCAGAAGUCCUCUUGAAGAAGGGUUAUGGAAUGGAAUGUGAUUGGUGGUCACUUGGUGCCAUUAUGUUUGAAAUGCUUGUGGGAUAUCCACCUUUUUAUUCAGAUGAUCCAAUGGCAACUUGUAGAAAGAUUGUAAACUGGAAAAAUCAUUUGAAGUUUCCUGAAGAAGCCAUGUUAUCUCCAGAUGCAAAAGAUCUGAUUAGCAAACUAUUGUGUAAUGUCAAUCAAAGAUUAGGAUCGAAUGGGGCAGGUGAAAUUAAGGCUCAUCCAUGGUUUCAAGGUGUAGACUGGGAUAGGAUAUAUCAAAUGGAUGCUGCAUUUAUUCCUGAGGUUAAUGAUGAAUUAGAUACUCAAAAUUUUGAAAAGUUUGAUGAGUCUGAUGAUACUCCAGAUCGAAAACCGUCAUCAAAAUCUGGCCCAUGGAGGAAAAUGCUUUCCUCAAAGGACCUCAACUUUGUGGGAUACACAUACAAAAAUUUUGAAAUUGUCAAUGAUUGUCAAGUACCUGGGAUGGCUGAGUUGAAGAAGAAGAAGGGCGCCCAACCAAAGAGGCCGUCAGUGAAGACGCUUUUCGAUGGCGAUGCAGAGUCGCAGGAUGGUUCCGACUCGACUAAUGAUCAGUCUGUUUAACGUAGCUUUGUUUCUGAAUCACUUAAGGAAUCCACUGAAAAGCAGUGCGGAUCCAAUUGGACUCAUUGGUGGAUGGUGACUAUAUCUGCAGGAAUUUCAGGUUUGGUUUACAGCUUAAGGUCUAAAUCUGCAAGGAAAGAUAUUGCGAAUAAUUUUUUUUAUGUUUUAUUGUUUAAAUAAAGAUAAAAAGAAUCAAGAGAAUAGAAAGGG